AUGAAACUCAAAGAUAUUCCUCGUACGGCGACUUUUGCGUGGAGCCCUGGACAACAGUUACCUAUCAUCGCAACGGGUACCGUUGCGGGUGCCCUUGACGCCUCAUUCUCGAAUACUACACAACUAGAAUUGUUUUCUUUAAAAUCAUAUAAGCCAGAGACUGCCUUGGAAUCGCAACCCGCUGGGGCAGUUAGCAGUAAUGCAAGAUUCAAUCGCCUCGUUUGGGGAAUUGCAAAUGAUAAGUCACAUGGACUUAUUGCUGGUGGAAUGGAGAACGGAGAGUUGAAUUUAUGGGAUCCCUCGAUUAUUCUGGAGGGUGACGAUGCCGAAAAAGCCUUAGUCCUGAACAAUACAACACACUCCGGGAAUGUUCGCGGGCUACAAUUUAAUCCUUUUCAAAACAAUUUGUUGGCAUCCGCUGCGACGAAUGGAGAGAUAUUUAUCUGGGAUCUGUCCAACCCUGAUAAACCCUAUACGCCAGGAACAAGGUCGUUAAAGAUGGAGGAAAUAACGCAUUUGUCCUGGAAUAAUCAAGUACAACAUAUUUUGGCGACUUCUUCGACCUCAGGUUAUACCGUAAUAUGGGAUUUGAAAUCUAAGCGUGAGCUGGUGAAUUUAUCAUACGCAGGCCCUUCAGGUUCCUUAACAAGUGGUUAUGGCAUGGGCUCUAUAAAUAUUUCAGGGGCGAGUGGCAGAAGGGGGGUUACUGCAGUCGCAUGGAACCCCGAUAUAGCAACUCAAAUAAUAACUGCAUCAGAAGAUGACAAUAAUCCGGUGAUCGUAAUGUGGGAUCUUCGUCAUGCUCAAGCACCAGAAAAAGUUUUAACGGGACAUCAAAAAGGCAUUUUGUCCCUUUCUUGGUGUCAGAAAGACGCAGGCUUGUUGCUGUCUUGUGGAAAAGAUAAUCGAACCCUUUGUUGGAACCCCGGAACUGGAGAAAUAAUAGGAGAGCUUCCCCCAAGUUUGAAUUGGGCCUUUGAUGUACAAUGGUAUCCGGGAAAUCCGGACUUAUUUGCUUCCGCAUCCUUUGAUGGAAAGAGGGAUAUAUCAGACAUUAAUGAUCCUUUUGCACCAAUCACUUCUGUAUAUGAGCCGUCAUUUUCAUUAAAACAACCACCCAAAUGGCUUAGAAGGCCGGUGGGAGCAAGCUUCGGCUUUGGUGGUAAACUGGUUACAUUCCGCAAUAAGUUACCAUCUACCGAUGCUGCUUCCACCAAUAAACGUGUUGUAUCAAUGUACAGUAUAGUUUCAGAACCAGAAGUUAUACAAAGGUCUACUGAACUGGAAUCUGCUAUUGAAGAAAAAUCACUUGGUGGUUUUUGCGAAAAUCGAGAAAAGCAAGCGGUUGAUGAAUUCGAAUCGGAGAAUUGGAAAGUUCUCCAUACUAUGUUUAAUGAAAACGAAAACGCACGAGAACAAUUGGUUAAGCAUCUUGGAUUUUCAAAAGCAGACGUUUUUUCACAGAUUUCAGCUGCGAUAAAUGCAAUGAACUUAAAUGAAACAUCGAACGUGGAUCAAAUUACUUCAGAACCAAUAGAUUUGCAAGAUACAACACAGCAACAUGAAAAUGAUACCAGCGUUCCAUCAUCUACAGUCAAUAAUGACAUUAUUCAAGAAAGUGAAAAUGGUGUUGCGGAUUUGCCUUCGGAAAGGUCGGAAAGUGUAGAUGAGCUUUUCUCUGGUCCAAAUAUUUCCGGAGAGGCAUCCGAUGCUUCUAAUUUCUUUACUUCAGAAGUCAUUCCCGAUGCAUUUCCUAUAAAGAACGAAUCAUCAUUUGAUGUUAGCAACCUCAAAGCCUUCAAGUUUUAUCCUGAACAAGAAUCAGAGGUUGACAAACUGAUCACAAGAUCGAUUGUGCUUGGUGAUUUUGAAGCUGCUGUCAACUUAUGUUUAGAGACAGAUAGACUUUCAGAUGCGGUUUUGUUGGCAGGUUGUGGUGGACCUGAACUUCUGCAGCGUACCCGAAAAGCUUAUUUCGAAAGAAGAGCAUCCACAGUUCCUUAUUUGCGCCUCCUACAAAGUGUUGUUUCUGAUGACUUAUCAGACAUUGUGUUUAACGCAGAUUUAUCUGAAUGGCAAGAAAUUGUAGUAGUUCUUUGCACAUUUGCACGUUCUGAAGAAUUUGGAGGACUAUGUAAUUCUCUAGGUCAGAGGCUAGAGCAAGAAUAUAAGAAAUUAAUCGAACACAAUUUGACAAUGGAAUCUGGAACAAAGGCCUUGGAAUACAGGAAAAAUGCCGUAUUGUGUUAUCUUGCUGCCGGAAAUUUGGAAAAUGUUGUAAACAUUUGGAUUGCUGAACAGGAAGAACAAGAAAGAGAUGAAUUUGAACUGGAAGAUUCUGCUGGUUCGAGGUACUCUUUCAGAGCAAGAACACUUCAAAGUUUAAUCGAGAAAAUAACCAUCUUCCGUAAAGCUAUUGAUUAUGUUGAUUCUACGACUGUGCAAAAUUUGGAUUCCACAAACAACGAAGAAAUUAAUGAACAGUACAAAUUAGCUGCACUUUAUGAUAAAUACACUGAAUACGCGGAAUUUCUUGCCUCCCAAGGUCAAUUGAACACCGCCCUCAAGUAUUUGAAUUUGACUCCAUUAGGGUAUAGAACUGCACCUAAUGGUAAAGAUUCAUUAGCGAUAAUUAAGGAACGCAUAUAUCAUUCUGGUAUUGAUGUUGGAAGUACCAAGGAACCGUUGUUCCCAUUUCCAGAAACUUAUGUAGGUGCCGAUAAUGAAAUUGAUCAGACCACUGCUAAUAGUGGCACAGGAGGAACUACAUACAGUGCAUCCCAAAUAGAUCCUAAUGUAACACAAGAGGUGUAUAAUCAAUAUAUUUAUGAUAAACCGCCCGUGGUUCCUAAUGUUCCGUAUCAACCCCAAAUUCCACCUAUCCAAAAUGUUCAACAUCCCCCACAUCCCCAACACCCGAAUUACAACCAAUAUGCACCGCCCCUUCCGUAUCAGAAUUUCCCUGGGUAUAAUCAACCAUAUCAAGAUAAUACUGGAUUGAUUCCUCAACUCCCUGUACCCAACGAAAAUUAUCAAAACUCAAAUGCGCCACCAGCAGCCGAAGCUCCAACCGCUUUCAAAAAAGGUUUAUCGAAUUGGAAUGAUCCUCCGUUGGUACCUUCGGGUCAAACAGUAAGGAAACCCAUUCAAAAUAAGGUGAAUAAGCUACCUCCGAUCACAUCACCUUUCCCAACCUCCUCUCCGAUGCAACAGAGGGCAUACAAUCCUCCCCCACAAAACUUUGUAGCGACUCAACAAAACUUACCUGGAACUAAUGCCAUGCAACCUCCGCAAAAUUUACCGGGGAACAAUGCCAUGUUGCCACCCCCACCACAAGUGAAUCGAGCAGGAGGGCCAACCUACCCGAGUAUGCCCCCUCAGACGGUAACACAACCUGCUUUCUACCCUCCUCCACCACGACCCGCACAAACUUCACAACCGUAUACAACAGAACGUUCAACGCCUCCCCCUCCGCCUGUUAAUACUGGUUACCAAGCCGGCGGUACGGGAUAUGUUCAUCCGACAAGUGUUCCAUAUUCCGCAGCUAACGCAGGAUACUCUGCACCGCUACCCCCACCACCACAUGCUGCCCAACAGGUUGGUUUGCCAAAUCAGCCUUCCCCUGUUAUUCAGCCCGCCAGGACACCCACUCCGGCGAAAACACCUACACCUAUUGAUGAUAAACAUCCUCCUGGCGACAGAACGCACAUUCCAGUCUCACAAAAACCUAUAUAUGAUAUACUAAAUAAUGAGCUGUUAAAGGCCCGACAUAAUUCACCCCCUGCACAAAAAAGGUUGAUAGAUGAUACUGAAAAGCGGAUUAAUAUUCUCUUCGAUGCUUUGAAUAAUGAAGAACUGUCGUCCAGCAUAAUUGAUUCUUUGUCAACAUUGGUUCAAGGUUAUAUCUCAAUUAUAUGA